AUGAUCUUACUUACGCGGGCUGGAAAGGCCAGACUGUCCUCCCACUUCAGAUCCUAUGCAACUGCUGUAGAAAGUAGUGCAAAUGGUCGAUCCAAAAUUCUAGUCAUAGGUGGCGGUAGCGCCGGUCUCUCCAUUGCAAACCAGCUCUAUAAUCGUUUCACCGCUGCAGGCAAGCAAUUAAAAGACGGGGAUAUUACCAUCCUUGAUGCAGCGGAAUACCAUUACUAUCAACCUGGAUGGACUCUUGUCGGUGCUGGACUUCGUCCCAAGACUGAUUUUCGCCGUCCACUAGAUUCUCUCAUUCCCAAACACCUUACCCUUAUUCCUGAAAAUGUUCAAUCGUUUUCUCCUACCACGUCUUCGGUGACCACCACAUCUGGGCGCCAGCUUAGUUAUGAUACCCUGGUCGUGGCCGCUGGGCUACAAAUCAACUGGAAUGGCAUUAAGGGACUUACCAGCGCACUGGCUGAUCCUACUUCUGGCGUGUCCUCAAUCUAUUCUUACGCGACCUGUGACAAAGUUUGGGACGAUGUAGAGGGCUUGCGUUCGGGGAACGCCAUUUUUACUCAACCUGCAGGAAUUAUCAAAUGUGCAGGAGCUCCCCAGAAAAUUAUGUGGAUGGCUUGGGACAGAUACAGGAAGACAGGCCGUGCCGAUAACAUUGAUGUGAAAUUUUACACCGGCAUGCCCACUAUGUUCAGCGUCAAAAAGUAUUCUGACGCCCUCAACGCCCUAAGAAUUGAACGCAAGGUUGAUGGGUUCUUCGAACACAACCUUGUAUCGGUCGAUCCAGCAAACCACAAAGCUACUUUCAAAAAGCCGGACGGAACAAACAUCGAUGUCGACUACACACUGUUGCAUGUUACCCCUCCUAUGGGGCCUUUGGAUGUUUUCAAAGGCUCACCCAUCGCGGAUAGUGCUGGAUGGGUUACUGUUAAUCAGGCAACUAUGCAGCACGUCAACCCCGACUUCAGCAAUAUCUUUGCAUUGGGAGAUUGCUCAUCGCUCCCAACAUCAAAAACCGCUGCAGCUAUAACGGCCCAGGCUCCAGUAUUGACUGAAAAUCUAUUGUCUCUUGUUGAUACAGGAAAAGUUAGCCAAGCACAGUACGAUGGGUACACUAGUUGUCCACUGCUGACGGGGUAUGGUGAACUGAUGCUGGCGGAGUUCCGAUAUGGCUUGGAGCCCAAAGAAACAUUCAGCAACAUUUUUGACCAGAGCAAAAGCAACAGAUUCUUUUAUCAUCUUAAAAAGGAUCUUUUCCCGUCCGCCUAUUGGAAUUUUAUGGUUAAGGGACGAUGGUUUGGGACAGGAGGAUUAUCUCGACCAACGUAUCAGUAG